AUGGAUCAAAAGCGACCCAUUCAUUCCUCAGACCUUGACUCUUAUAAUCAAGGAGUGCCUGCAUAUAGUGCUGGAGGAGAGCCUAGCGCGCCAUCUCUUCCAGCUGUACAACACAACGAGUACCAAAGCAUUCCCAUGCCCAGCAACACAAACCGUUAUCUCAUUCGAAAGCGAGGAUCAAACAACCGCCAUUUCCCCAUCAAUGCAGCCUUAUUUUUAAUCGGACUAUUUAUCUUUUGGAAGAGUGAUAACAAGCAUUACGGGGCUCAUGUUACUGAUCUUCAGUGA